AUGUCUGACAACCAAGAUGGGGGUUUCAAGCCCACCUGGAGCUUCGCAGGCCUUGGAGCUGCCACUGCUGCAUCUACCACUAGCCGGAGGUCGAGCCGCAAACAUCCAGGUACCGGAGGGGGAAGAAGCAGCCCGACGCCGUCGGUGGCACCUUCGCAGAGAACUGUGACUUCUAAAUCAGCCGAUCGCACAUCGCAGCGAUCUACUGCCCCGGCCUCGUCUUCCACCUCGACUUCUACCCACAAAUCGAAAAAUCAGUCCAGGGAAGAUGACGACAAAACCAUCACGAGCCAGCGCCGCCCCGCAGCGAGGGGAGUUGGUACACGAGAAUGCGCCGUCUGCACAGAAGAAUUUCCAGACUCGAACUUUCCCACCAAGGCCGUCACCAGCGCAUGCAGCCACGCGAUAAAUACUUGCAAGACCUGUCUCAAGACAUCGAUCCGCUCGGACAUGAACAACAAGUUCUGGCACCGCAUAUCCUGCCCAGAGUGCGGCGCCUCUCUGAUGCAAGAAGACGUGGAGCGCCAUGCAGAACCGGAAACAAUCGAAAAGUACCGAAAGCUCAAGGAGAAUGCCGACCGGCAGGCAUCGCCCAGCUUUCGCUGGUGCGCCGCGGGCUGCGGCGCGGGACAGGAGCACUCCGGCGGGCCCAACCAGCCCAUGAUGAUCUGCCAGCAGUGCAAUGCCAAAUCCUGCUUCAACCACGAAAGCCGAUGGCAUGAAGGGUUCACUUGCAGGCAGUGGGACAAGGUUACGGAGCCGGAUGAGUCCGUGGCAUCGACAAGGAGGGCGCCCGCUGUGGCAAGAUCUGAGACAUCUUCCAGAAGAAGCUUGUUCAGUGGUGCCUCCGAGGCUUCUAAAAGACGAGACAAAUCCAGCAGCGCGUCUGUGGCACCCUCGGGGGCGGUGUCAACGGUAUCCUCUCGAAGGCCACUGUCUACGACAACUUCGGUUGCAUCAUCGCGAGCAUCUGUACGCUCAACUACCCCAAAACUCACAAGCGCAUCAACACGGAUCAACGCAUCUGGAGCAUCAAACUUGUCUAGAGCAACAUCGCCGACACCAAGCCAAAGCAGCUCGAGAACUGUUCGCCCUCCACCACCCUCAGCUGCCUCGUCUGCCAGCCACAUCUCCCGCGGUAGACAAGGCAGCAGCACGACUUCGAGGUCAGGAAAUGUGUCAGACCGUCAGUUGAGCGAAAGAAGGCUGAUAUCGAUCCGUGAAGAAGAAGAGGCGACAAACAUAAAGUUCAGCAUGGAGCUGGCCCGAAGGCUCCAGCUAGAUGAAGAUAGAGCCACCGCAAAGUUUUACGAGGACGAAAGCCUAAAGACUGCCCGAGAGCUUGCUGCCGAAUUCGCCGCCGAGGAGCACGCCAGUCGAGAGAAACUCAGCUUGGGCCUCGCACGCCGGCUACAGGAGGAGUGGCACGCCAUGGACGAGGAAGAAAGAGAAAAGAGCAGCGCAAGCGUGGCGCGCCGCCUCCAGGAAGCAGAGGACGCGUCUUUAGCGAACACGGACUUUAUGAUAGCCCAGCGCCUCCAUCAGGAGGAAGAGGCAAGAGCUCGCUCCGGGGGCCAGCACUGGGAUCCUGAGCUCCGCGGCGGCGGCAUCACUUUAAGUCGGCCACGUUCACCCAGGAGCAGGAGGGACAGCCGGCGACACGGUCGUGACCACGACUCCCGCCAUCGCUCCAGCCGUUCUGGCCGAGACGAUGAGAGACGGCACCGCCAUGGACGGCCGAGCGAGCUAGACGACAUCCGUCCGCACAGGAGGCGGGAGAGGGAGGAGCACGAAGAUCCUCACGAAAUACGGAGGCUUUACGAAGAACAGAAACAAAAGGAGGAGCGAGAGAGGCGCGUCCGCAAAGAAGAGCAGCUUGCCGCAACACAGACACGCCAAGAUAAAGAAAAAGAGGAACUUGAAGAAGCAGCCCGGAAGCAGGAGGCGCUGAGAGAGCAGAAGAGACGGGAGGUGGCGGCUGCCACAGCCGAACGGGAGCGGGAGCAGCAGGCAGCGGCUGCUCAGCUGAAGAACAGGAGAGAAGCAGCGCGUGCCGAGAGGGCGCGCAUGGCGGCCGAACGAGGUAUCCCACAGCCCGCUGCAGGUGCUGCGCAAACCUAUGUGCAGGCCGACGCAAUUCAAGAGGCGAAGAUGAGGCGCAAGCAAGAGCGGGCGAGCCAGGCGGCCAUCAAAUUGCUGUCAAGACCUUGCCCUGAGUGCAAGUUUGACACUUUUAAAGCUGAAGGAUGCGAUCACAUUACCUGCAGCGCGUGCCAUCAUCAGUGGUGUUGGGUGUGCCGCUCCGCCUGGACAGAUAUGGGCUGUUCAAAUCUGGGCUGUGCUGGAGGAUGAAGAUAUA